AUGUCUAAGUCAAUCGUCAACACCAACCCUUACCCGUUCCAGUUCGACGCCAGCAAUGGCCCAUCCAUUGAGGGAACGGACAAGGUGACAAUUAAGCUGGACAACUGCCGCGGAAGAAUCCCCUCCCUACAGGCAACCAAGGUUCGAGCCAUGAUCCAAGAAGCGCACGAAGACCCUUCCAAGAUCCUUGCCCAUGUCUGCAGCUAUGAUGCUUUGAGCUCGCGACUUUGCGAGGAAGCGGGCUUUCCUAUAAUCUUCCUUGCCGGGUAUGCUGUGGCUUCUGCGUUUGGCCUCCCGGACACUGGGUAUAUUGCUUUCCAGGAAGUUGCUGCCAAGGUCCAAGAAGUUGUGAGGGAAGUCAAAGUUCCCGUCCUUGUGGACGGUGAUACUGGCUAUGGCGGCCCCUUGAACGUGAGGAGGACAGUUGAGGGGUUUGCGGCUGCGGGAGCCGCUGGCAUCAUGAUCGAGGACCAGUCUUGGCCAAAGAGAUGCGGCCACACUGCUGGCAAGAGCGUUGUCUCUAGAAGUGAGGCUUAUGCCCGUUGGCAGGCUGCAGUCGAUGCCAGAAACGAAGGUGUGGACAUCUGGAUCUUGGCCCGAACUGACAGCCUUAUCCAUGGAUACGACGAAGCUCUGACCAGAGCCCGCAAGGCGAUAGAGAUUGGGGUAGAUGCCGUCUUUGUUGAGGCGCUCCCUGACCGAGAAACCAUGGAACGUCUCAGGAAAGACCUCGACUUCCCCGUCCUUGCCAACAUCAUCGAGGGCGGAAAGACGGAGAACCUGUCUGCGCAAGACCUGGGUAAACUCGGGUACUCUGCAGUUGCGUAUCCGUGGACGUUGGUUGCCGCAAAGUUGAAGAGUAUCCGCGAGGCCUUGGAGGGGUUGAAGGGGUCCUUCACCGUGGGGAAGCCGCCGACUAUUCUGUCUUAUGCCGAGGUGUGUGAGGGGGUCGGGUUCAAUAAAUACUUCAAGCUCGAGGAACGCUACCAAUAUGAGGGACGCACGAACGGAGCAAAUGGACACCAGUGGGAGAAGUAG